AUGGACCUGUCAGAUGUCGCUGCUGCUCUUCCUUCAGGGGGAGCGGGGUUAACCGAUGAAGAUCGCGCCGGAUUGGUCAGCGCUAUCCAGGACAAACUGGAUACCCUCAUGACGCAAAACUUCCUCGCGGGCCUCUCGCCAGCUGUCCGCACACGUGUCACGGCUCUACAGGAGAUCCAGAAGUCGCACGACGAGCUCAAGGAGAAGUUUCUGGAGGAGAAGGCGGCUCUUGAGGCCAAGUACCAGAAGUUGUACGAGCCGCUCUAUAACCAGCGCUCUGAGAUUGUGGCAGGAGACAAGGAGCCCGAAGGCGCUGAGCCCCCUGCUGCUGAGGCCGGAGCCGAGGUUGAGAAGGGUGUGCCUGAAUUCUGGCUCACUGCCAUGAAGAAUAACGAGAUUUUGGCAGAGCAGAUCACAGCAAGGGACGAGCCUGCACUGAAGCAUCUCAAGGACAUCCGGUGGUCGCAACUGGGGGAGGACCUCAAGGGCUUUAAGCUGGAGUUCCAUUUCACGCCCAACCCCUACUUCAAGAAUGAAGUGCUCACCAAGUCAUACUUCAUGAUUGACGAGGAGGAGCCCAUUCUUGAGAAGGCCGAGGGGACUGAGAUCGAGUGGAACGCGGGCAAGAACCUGACGCAGAAGAUAAUGAAGAAGAAGCCCAAGAAGGGCGCCAAGAGCAGCAAGCCCAUCACCAAAACUGAGCCCUGCGAGAGCUUCUUCAACUUCUUCAGCCCGCCUGCCGUGCCCACUGAGGACGAGGAGCUGGAUGAGGAGGAGGCGGAGGAGCUUCAGGAGAUGAUGGAGCAGGACUACGAUGUGGGGUCUACCCUGAGGGAGAAGAUCAUUCCACAUGCUGUCUCCUGGUACACUGGAGAGGCUGCUGACCUGGAGGAUUUGGACGAUGACGAGGACGACGAGGAUGACGAGGAUGACGAGGACGAUGUCGAGGAUGAGGAUGAUGAUGACGAGGACGACCACCCGAGGCCUGCUCGCGGAAGGAAAGCAGGGACGAAGGGGAUGAAGGCAGCAGGGGCAGCUGGGGCAGCAGGGGAGCAACCUCCUGAGUUUUCGGUUUGCCGUUAUUCUCUGCGAGAUUCGCUACAAGCGGGCCAAAUGGCCGUGACGACGGGCGGCUUGGCGUUUCUCUUCUCAGUGGGCAUUGGUUUGCAGCUGCUGGGAUGUGUUCUCUACAACAAUUGGUGGCCAAUGCUUUCAGCGCUCAUGUACCUGAUACUGCCCAUGCCAUGCCUGUUCUUUUCUACUGGUGACUCCUCCGACUUUUUUCUCAUGGGCACAGAUAAUGAGUGGCAAGAUGCAGCCAAGUUCCUCACCGGCUUCUCUUCGGUACGUCCCCCAUCGCGUUGUCUCCCCUUAUUCUGCCCCCGGCCGUCUUGUUUCUGUUCUGCUACUUACUGUUGUGACAUGCAAGCAGCCAAGUUCCUCACUCUUCCUGCUUAUCCUCCUUACUUCUCCUUGAUUCUUUCGAAAAUUCUCUUCCAAUUUUGCCCUCUUGUUUCUCUGCUGAGUGAGUAUCCACAGAGCCAUGCUGCCCACGCUUCCCCUUGCUUCAUCUCUCCCCAAUAA